CGGAUUGAAGCGGGCCUAGGUUCAUUAAUCCCAGUAUAGUUUCUUUCAAGCCCAUAUUCAUGAGUCGUGCUGAAGCAGGAUUAUACUGUGUUGGCUCUACUCCGUAGUCCGUAUCAGGCAAAUCUUACGCAGUAGUUUGCAUCAAAUCAUCAGAACUCGCCCAGAUUUUUCAGAUUGCCCAUCCAUCACAUAUAUUCUAAUUGGCAUAACAGUAGAGUUUGGUUGGAUAAUCAAGUAUGGCCAAGCACCAUCCUGAUUUGAUUAUGUGCAGGAAGCAACCGGGAAUAGCCAUUGGACGUCUUUGUGAGAAAUGUGAUGGCAAGUGUGUGAUUUGUGAUUCUUAUGUGCGUCCUUGCACGCUUGUCCGGGUUUGCGAUGAAUGCAACUAUGGAUCUUUCCAGGGCAGAUGUGUCAUUUGUGGGGGGCUUGGAAUUUCUGAUGCAUACUACUGCAAGGAAUGCACACAGCAGGAGAAGGAUCGUGAUGGUUGCCCUAAAAUAGUCAAUCUUGGGAGUGCCAAGACUGAUCUAUUCUAUGAGCGUAAAAAGUAUGGUUUUAAGAAAAGAUGAGUGGUAGAGAAAUUGCCAAAGUGUGUGUUUUGUCUUUUUUCUGUGUGUCAUCAAAGUGUUACUUUUCAGUUUGGAUGAAUGUAGCCUGCUGUCUAGCACUUGUGUAACAACCCUCCCUUUGUGUCACAACACUUGCAAGUAUUUAGUGCGUGUAGUUUUUAGUGUUUGGAGGAGGCAGUAGAGAAACAAGGUUUGGGUGAAUCUAUGUCAAAUAAGUCAAUGAAAUAUGUACUGUGACCCCCUCCCCCCCCCCAAAAAAAAACUAAAUCAUUGACUUUUAAAAGACGUUCAAUUCAAGGAUGUUUU